AUUUUGAGUCUUUGGCACGCACGUUUCUUGGCCUGCAGUACAGGACGAAGAUCCGUGAACUCCCACAACACAAUUCACUUUAGGCAGUAUAGUCUAGCCAAGAAGAGGUACAGUCAGCAAAGAAAAAGAGAGAAACAGAGAUGACUCUGGGUCUGAUCAAUGCCAACCCCGUCGUUCACGCCAAGAAGGAAAGGGUUGCUCGCACCGAAGAUCCUCACGGUGACGACGCCGUUGACCCUCUCGAAAUUUAUGAUAUCCUUUUAGUUUCAUUUUGUUCCUGAAUUAAAUCCAUGUUUGGAAGACCUACCUGUUCGAUUAGUUUGGUUUUUACUUGGAUUUGGAUUUUACACUUAUUGGGUUUGUCGCAUUUUAUCAGUAAUCAAAUGGGAUGGGUAAAUUUUGUGAGGGAUAUAAGAGAUCCAGAGCACCCAUAUUCAUUGGAGCAGCUCAGUGUUCUCUCAGAGGAAUCAAUCACAGUUGAUGAGAAGCUUGGCCGUAUUCUAAUAACUUUUACUCCCACCAUCCAGCAUUGCAGUAUGGCGACAGUGAUUGGUCUGUGCCUCAGGGUUAAGUUAAAGGAAUACUUUCCUCCCCAUUUUAAGCUUGACAUUAAAGUAGCUCCUGGAUCUCAUGCCAAUGAAGAAUCAGUUAAUAAACAGUUGAAUGAUAAAGAAAGAGUUGCAGCCGCCUUGGAGAAUCCUAACCUUCGCCAACUCGUGGAUGAGUGCCUCUACUCUAAUGAACUUUGACCAAGUACAUUCACCUGCCUUGAAGCUACUAGACAGUACAAAUGACAGCAGCUGGUAAUUGCAAUAAGACGUGGCUCUGUUAUGUUAUGUUGAUCUCCACAAUGUAUAUGCAGUAGUCCAAAUGCAUCUAGGGGUGUAUCGCUGUAUGUGAGGAGAAAUCAGUAGGGUGGUUGACUAUCAGUUUGACUCUAUCUUUGCUACGGCCAUAGCAAUUUGAAUGAAAACCGUUUGGUGCCUAAUGAAUUCUCAAAAAUAAAUUGAUAAUGUGUUAUGCUUCCUGCUAUUAUGCCUACCUCCACGCCACACCUGAAGUUCAAAUGCUCAUGCUCAUCUAUGUUUUGCCCAACAUAUGUUUUAUGAUGAUCUGGUUUUCUCAACUAAAGUUGUUUCCACAUUGUGGGCAGGCCAAAAAACUAAAUUGCUCUCA